AUGGCAGCAGAACAAGCAGAACAAGCUUUUGCCAGGACAUUCCUCAAUACCCUAUCAACGCAACCCAUCACCUAUUCCGAUGACUACCAGCAACCAUCACAGAACUCUCUCAAGAGAGUUCCCGUUCUCCAGAUUCCUGUCCCCCCGCCCCCCGAACGUAAAACCCAAUCACAAACGUCUACCUCUUCCUCGGCCUCCAUCUCGCUCGUGUUCAAGUCCCUGAAGCCUCCUGCCUCCUACACGGUUUCAGUCCAACCCACAGACACCAUAUCUUCUAUAAAAGCACAACUCGCUGCUCAGCCCACCGCUCCACCCGCAGACGCGCAACGCCUCCUCCUUAAAGGCAAAGCACUCGCUGACGCGAAGCUUCUUCAAGAGUAUAGCAUAAAGAACGGUGACACUGUCAAUCUUGUGCUCAAACCUGGGUUUGAUUGGGAUCCUACAAAGCCGCCUACGCCUAAAUCGCCUGAAGUUACUACUAUGGCCUCACCGUCUCCUUCGUCGUUGCAACCCAGCCCCAGCGUGAAACCUAGUGGUGGCAAGAAGCAUCAACGCAUCCCGUCUGUGGUGCUUUCCCCCUCACCUUCGAAUGAUAAUCUGGGCGGAGUGGAGAAGGAUAUUAUGCUCACGCUCGAUGCAGGCACUAUGCCUAGCCCUGUCGUCCAGCAGGAAUCAACGUACUACACCACUGUGGUGAAACCCGAAUUUUGGGAGAGGUUAUACGCGUUCUUGAAGUUGGAAUUCGUUACUCCUGCCGACGCGUAUCUGGCGUUUGAGGACUUUUUGUGCGCGACGAAAGGCUCGCUAACGCCGAGUGAGAUUGCGAAGAUUCGUGAUCAGGUCGGCGUUGUGGGCAUGGCUGGUACUUGAGGCGAAUCAAUGAAAAAAUGAUUCUUUCAAGGGAAGAAUAGAUGUUACUCGUGUACACCCCCUUUUUUGUUGGAAUUAGUUUAGCAUUCAGACAUAUUAUGUAGAACGGUCAAUAAACGAGUGGCCCU